UGAAAAGGAAUACUGCACAAACUUUUAAGAGAAAAGCAUAAGUAUUAAUGAUCGCAGGACCCGGCUGCCGACCAGUUGAACACUAUGCACAUUUCUGCUUUGAAAAUAAUAUUAAAGAAAUUAUUCUUCUAGGAUACUUCGGAAAAACCCCUGUAUUGUGCAGGUAAAAAAAUCUUUUCUUUCUUUCACUUCUUCCUUCCUUUCAACUCCACGUUGCUAAACACGGUUUAUCACCUGUGUGAAUAAUUGUUCUUUCUAUCCUUUUCUUUCUUUCUCAAAAGUAUGGGGUAUCGUUGUAUGGGAAAACUCCGCCUCCUGUCACUCUUGACCAAUCCUAGACCUGUAAAGAUACUGGUGACCAUCAAGAAAUUUGCACGCAGCCUUGACUUACAUAAUAUUCUGCUGACCAUGUACAAUAUACAAAAAAAAAUCAAUCAUGCCCUGUCACUUCGUGGGAGAAGAGGUGAUUUGCUCUGAUCAAACAACGAUCACAAUGACUGACACGUCGUCUAUGCAUACCAGUCCUCCAUCUAUCAACGCGUCGGUAACAACUGACAACAAGCGAACAUCCGCCGGUGUUCUCAUUGAUACUCACACUCAUCGUACAUUGUCCACUGUCACUCACACACAGGUCCAACGUUCAUCUCGUGCCACUCGCUCACACACCCAAACUUCCACCCCAGUUGCUGACACUCAUGAUCAUACAUCUACCGGUUCUACUCUCACACAUCCCCGCAUAUCCACCCCCGUAAUUGGUAUACAGGAUCUAACAUCCAUCACUCCCAAAUCUACUUCCACAGUCAACAUUUCCACAGUCAACACAUCCACCCCUGUUUCUAUAUCCCAUCCUGCAGAGAAGACUAACACGACCGAUUAUCAAAGUAAAUAUGUUUAUUACUUCUUGCGUUUAUUGGCAAUACCCAUAGUUAUUCUCCGAUGCAUUUAUAAUCAACGGCAAAAAAAAAAACGGUUUUAAUCGCAUGACCAGCGACAUCAUAGAGGAACACGAUAUUUUCAACAGAUUAAAAACCUCUGUUCAUGACACUAAUACGGAAUGGGCGAACUUGAUUCAGAAUCUAUUUAAUAUUGUAAUUCUGUAAUAUGCAUGUACUCUUAUUUUUUGUGUUCUCGUUUCUACAUGUAUUUGGAUUGUAGAAAUAAAUGUGAUAUUUCGCAUGUACGUGUUUUUCUUUUCCAAUCUGUUCCAAUUUUGAUUUUGGUUUUGCAUGAUACGAAACCUGAUGUUGUAGAUCAGCAUGUAAGUAGUUAAUUCAUUUCUUAAAUUAUAAAUUAAGUAGAGUGGCCCCAGGUGGAGUUUAAAUAUAAAAUAUUCUAUUGUGUUCAUGUACAGCGUAUUUAUAAUUAUUUUUUUUUUAGUUUAAUUUUAUUACAGUCCAAGAUGCCUAUGGCCUAGUAGUCUCUGCUGUGGUUAUGGUGUUCCUCCUCCUCCUGGCAUGGAUCCUACGAUCCAUCUUAGGCCAUGUUGGCAUUGAAUGCCGCGUCCCAGUGAAGAGGGGGAGAGGGAGACGGAGUGAUGUCGAAAACCCCCAGCCACGGGACGAGGAAACCCGCCCCAAAGAGCGUGUAUGUACAGAAGUUAACCUUAUUGAUCGUAACAAUAAAAAAAGACCUCUUAAAAGCCUCUCAUAUAUAGAUAUAUAUAUAUAGAAUAAAAUUUAAAAUAUAUUUUGUUUAACAGCUGGAAAUAAUGGAAUCGACUGCCGCGGGAAAAACGGAUCAAGACAGACCGCUGCCAACUGGGGCAAAGGGUGGCCGACCCCGCACGAUGCCCCCAAAAAAGUAUCUGCUGUUAACUCCGCCGUCUUACUACCU